UUUAAUUAUAGGAAAUGCGUUUUUCUAAGGUACAUAAACUUUUGGGAUUGACUGUAUAGCCAAUACAUCCUUAAUAUCUAAGAUGAUCAAAUAUCUUUGUAAUCGAUUAUUCAGUUUCGUAGACCGACAAGCCUAGAUUGGCAAGUUCAAUAGACAAAUGAAUAAAGUUCGAAAGAGAACAGAAGUUCAUCGCAGAGUAAUUCGCGCGUAUGUUAAUAUACGCAAGGAAAUAUGAAACUCUUGACUUUCCAUACUAAUUUUUACUAUUUUAUAUUACUGUAUCAUUUUGAUGUAAUUUAUAUUAGAUAAUGAUCGUUGUAGCUAUCGUAUUAAGUAGGUAGGGCAUAUGCGUAGGAACGUAAGCAUUUUAUCCAGCAUUUUCAUUUGUAUGUCUGUACAUUGAGAAGAAAAUAAAGUGCAAUAGCGAGUUGGUCUGUAAUGCAAAUCCAGUUUACAAACCACUUCGUGACCUAUCAUCUCUUGUUUCCUGUUCUGAUGCUUCGCAACAUAAUUAAAAUUCUAUUUGUUCCCUGAGUGAACCGCGUAGAAGCUUUACUUUCUUCUUAGCUUUUUUAUUUUAAACCAACGAUUGAAUACAUUUUUGCGUAACAUAGAAUGAAUUAUGCCUACAAUUCUAGCGGCAGAUUUAAGGAAAAUUUGAAAGAGGUAGAGCCUCUCUCAGAAGCCAAUUUUAUCAUUAUUAUAAAAUAUGUACAGGUAAUUCUCUGAUUUCGGAGCAACAUUUUACCUACAGUUGACUCACGGUCCAAUGUGUUAUCCAUGCAUAUAAGUAUAAAAGUGAAAUCGAAAUAGGGCAAUUUCUCUAUUAAGUCUUCAGCCUUGGUCCAUAUCAAUCUACUGAGGCUUUUGCUUAAAUCAAGUACGAUCAUACGCGGGUGUUCUAACACGUUAAAAAUGUUCUGUACGUUAUAUUUUAUUUGCGUGAUUAAUUGGUGCGUGGCAGAGGGGCAUAAUUUCCUAUUAAUAAUCGUAGACGAUUUAAGGCCCGCUCUAGGAUCUUACGGUGACGAAAAGGCUUACACGCCGAAUAUAGAUAAAUUAUCAACGGAAGGUUUCACUUUCAAUCGGGCAUACGCUCAGCAAGCCCUGUGUGCGCCGAGUAGAAACUCAUUUUUGACAAGUAGAAGACCCGACACCCUUCGCCUUUACGACACCCACAGUUACUGGCGCGAAAGCGUUGGCAAUUUUACAACGUUGCCCCAGCAUUUGAGAAGCAACGGCUACAUUACGAAAGCUAUAGGAAAAGUAUUUCAUCCAGGAAUCAGUUCGAAUCAUUCUGACGAUUACCCUUACUCUUGGUCUGAAAUCCCCUUUCAUCCUUUUACGGAAAGAUACAAGAAUGUGGCCGUGUGUCGAUCAAACUUAACGACAGAGCCUAUGUUAAAUCUUGUUUGCCCAGUUGAUGUGUCUUCAAUGCCGAAUAAAACGUUGCCAGACAUAGAGAUUAUGCAAGAAGCUAAACGGUUUCUAUCUAAUCAAGCAGGGAAUGUUACUCCCUUCUUUUUAGCUGUUGGUUUUCAGAAGCCUCAUAUACCGUUCAAAUAUCCUGAAGGAUAUCUAAAGUAUCAUCCAUUGCAGAAAUUUAAAAUAGUCGAGCCGUAUAAAUGGCCAAAGAAUGUUAGUAGCGUAGCUUAUAAUCCUUGGAAUGAUUUAAGGAAACGAGACGACGUGGCGGCAUUGAAUCUGAGAUUCCCCUGGCAAAAGAUACCAAAACGUUUUGCCAAAUUAAUCAUUCAGUCGUAUUACGCCUCUGUUACGUACAUCGAUGAUUUAAUUGGCGAGUUAAUAAAUCAAUUGGAAGCUUCGUCAAUUCGAAAAAAUACUACAAUAAUAUUAAUGUCAGAUCAUGGAUGGUCGUUAGGAGAACACGCGGAAUGGGCAAAAUAUAGCAAUUACGAUGUUGCUUUAAAAGUACCAUUGAUAAUAUCGAUACCCAGCCUAUCUAAAAGAGAAAAACGAGAUUCAAUCAAUAAGCCUGCUUCUUCGUACACUCCAACAGUUAUACCUUUUCUAAUAGAAUUAGUUGAUGUAUUUCCGACUAUCGCGGACUUAGCAAACAUUCCCAUACCCAGUUGCUCAAAAAGGAAUACAGAAAUCACUUGUAGCGAAGGGAGUAGCCUCGUGCCGCUCAUAAAAGCUGCUUCAAAUAGAACGCUAUUGUACAAAGUACGUUGGAAAAGUGCUGCUUUUUCGCAAUAUCCAAGACCAAAUAUAAAGCCGUCGAUGCAUCCAAAUAGCGAUCAACCGUGUUUAAAAGAAAUCAAAGCAAUGGGAUACACGGUAAGGAAGUACAGGUAUCGGUACACAGCUUGGCUGUCCUUUAAAGCCGAAAAUAAAGUACCAGAUUGGAAUUCUACGAUCGCGGAGGAGCUAUACGAUUAUAAUAACGAGGAUGGUGAGAAUCAGAACGUGGCCUAUUUGUCGAAGUACGCGAAAGUGAAGGGAAAGUUAAAGAGCUUUCUUGAAAAGCGUUGGGGAAGAAUUUUCCCGACGAAUAAACACAAUUAAUUUUCUUUACUUUCUGCCUAGAAAGUAUUAUUGAUCAAAACUUUAUUAUAAAAAUGAGUCUAGUAUAACUAGUAGAAAACAA